AUGGGUUCCGAGAACAUUGCGGCGGUGCUACACGGCGUUGAUGACUUGCGGGUGCAGCCCUGGCCUCUCACAGGGGAACCUCCUGAUGGCUGCGUGCGGGUUGCCAUCAAGGCUGUCGGCAUCUGCGGCAGCGACGUGCACUACUGGAAGCGGGGCCGCAUCGGCCCGUUUGUGGUGGAGCAGCCCAUGGUGAUCGGCCACGAGUCUGCAGGCACAGUGGCGGCCGUGGGCAAGGGGGUGGACUCGCUGCGGGUGGGAGACAGGGUGGCUCUGGAGCCGGGGGUCCCAUGCUGUGGGCACCGCCACAGCAGGGAAGGGCGGUACAACCUUGACCCCGCCAUCCGGUUCUUUGCCACGCCGCCCAUCCAUGGCUCGCUGGCCUCCCUGGUGGACCACCCCGCAGACUGGUGCUACCCGCUGCCGGCAGGGGUCAGCCACGAGGAGGGCGCCAUGUGCGAGCCGCUGUCAGUGGGCGUCCACGCAUGCAGGCGCGCCGGGGUGUCGCCGGGCAAGCGGGUGGCGGUGAUGGGGGCAGGCCCCAUCGGCCUGGUGGUGCUUCUGGCGGCACACGCCUUUGGUGCUGAUGCUGUGGCCGUCACUGACCUGAAGGAACAAAACUUAGUGCUGGCCAGGCAGCUGGGCGCCAGCGCGGCGCUGCAGGUGUCUCCCGACCAGCAGCCCGCCGACAUUGCGCUGGCGCUGAUGGCGGCGGCCGACGCUCCCGACGGAUUCGACGUGGUGGUGGAUUGCGCCGGCUUCCAGCAAACGAUGCAGACGGCGCUGAAGAGCUGCAUGAGCGGCGGCAAGGUGGUGCUGGUGGGGAUGGGGCAGGAGGAGAUGCAACUGGGGCUGGGCGAGGCAUGCAUACGGGAGGUGGACAUUCUGGGCAGCUUCCGGUACUGCAACACCUACCCUCUGUGCCUGAGCCUGCUGUCUUCGGGCCGUGUGGAUGUGAAGCCGCUGAUCACCCACCGCUUUGGGUUCAGCGCUGCGGAGGUGCUGCGGGGGUUUGACACGGCGCAUCGGGCGGACGCCACUGGGGCCAUCAAGGUCAUGUUCAAUUUGUAAAGAAUGGGCCACGU